AUGAUCACUUCGCAAUCCCUUCUUUCCCCACUCCCUCUCCGUUCACCAUUCUCUCCCACCCAUCCUCACCUCCCCCCUCUCCAGUUUUUCUCUUCCUCACUGACUUACCCUCCCCCCGUUCCCUCUUUUCCCUCGCCAGCCCCAGCAGUCGCUCAGCCCGCGGCAGGCGCCCGGAAGCUGACGUCACCGCAGACGUCAGCGCUGUACGCGGUGAUUCUGUUUCUGAUCGUGCUGUCGUUGCAGCAGGUGAACCGCUCCACGCUCGCGUCCUCCAAGCCGCUCACAAUCGUCGGCGGCUUCGUCAGCGCUCUUCUCUUCCUGCUCGCGCUCACGUUCUUUAGCAACAUGCAGGAGGCCAUGGGAGCAAGAUCCGGAUGGGGCGUUGUAUUUUUGUCGCUCUUCAUUGCCACGGUCGCUGCUGCUUCAGUGCAUGGUGUCUGUGCCACUACAUGCAUUCUCUUCUCUGCUGGCCUGCUAUUUGAGGUGCAGCGGGUGUCUGUCGCUGCUUACCCUUCUGCUGAUGCCAAGAAGAAGAAUUGA